CUGAAGUGACCUCGUAAAUUCGCGCAUUCUUCUGUUUGAAACUUGAUGAAUCCUGUCCGAACGCCCACAACAUCGAUGUCGCCACCGAGUGACAGUUCGCUCGGACACUGAUUGCCUACCGUACAUGAACAUUCGCCGCCCUUUGUCUGGCGCAACUCUCUUUCAUCCUUUCCAUACUGAAUCCUGAAGCCAUAGCCACAUUGCACGAUGCGCUGGCGACAUGCCUGACUAUUUCUUUCAUGUUGCCAUUGAACUGUUUACCGAUAUCCCGUCCAGCGCAAAAGAGACCGUACAUCGCGGACUGCCAGACCUCAACCCGUUUUUCAAAGCCUUGAAACCUUUCACCCAUUCUUCUCUCCGCCACCGGUCGAUAGAUCGAGCUUCACAACUGAAGGCCGACUCUCCUUCCCCUCGUACCUCACCGCCGCCUCCAGCGCGACACGAUUUCGAUCCUCCAGACAUCCCUCACUCAGACCCGAAAGACCACCGGUUAGACAAGAUCUCGCUGCAGGGAUCCGUUAUGUCUUCGCAGUCUGGAGGAAAGGAUUUCUCCGUGGCAAACCACAGCAUCAUUGAAAAGGGCAUUGGAAGCGCCAUCUCAGGUCAUCAUCUAAAGGGCAAAUACGAACCACUGGAAAGCCAGGACACUGUGGAAGGAUGGGGUAUUGUGCAUCUUUACAGAGAUACUGAAGAGACGUCGGGGCUAUACAAAGAUUCCGCCUACAGGUCGAGCGAUCUAUGGAGUGAUGGACUUCGAAAUCCGCCAUCCAUGAACCCUCACCCUUCCCCGAAAGACGAAGAAUGCACAAGUCUAUGUAUACUUGCGGUCCCUUCUUACAUGACGCCUUCGGAUUUCCUAUCAUGGGUAGGUGAAGACACAAGAGGCGAAGUGAGCCACUUCCGAAUGGUCCGCACCUCAAGAGCAAACCGGUACAUGGUCUUGAUGAAAUUCAAACAUGGCAAGAAGGCAAGAGAAUGGCAACACGAAUGGAACGGAAGGGUUUUCAAUAGCAUGGAGCCGGAAACGUGUCAUGUCGUGUUCCUGAAGUCGGUUGAACUGAUACAAACCUCUUCCUUGGAGCACAACAAUGGCCUGAGUUCACCAACGACAAGUUAUCCUCGCAUGUCCAAUGAUCCUUUCAUACCAGCUUCUACGACAACGAAACCUCUAGCCCCACGAACACCCUCCCUUGUCGAACUGCCUACCUGCCCUGUCUGCCUGGAACGCAUGGACGAAACGACUGGUCUUUUGACUAUUCCCUGCCAACACGUAUUUCACUGCACGUGCCUCGAGAAAUGGUCUGGUGGUGGAUGUCCAGUCUGCAGAUAUACUCACGACGACUUUUCUUCGCGUCUUGGUUCGUCCAAAUUCAAGAGCAUGAAUCCUAACGAAUACGAAGUCUACGACGGGCCCCUUGAAUGCGAAGUAUGCCAUGUUGACACGAGUCUGUGGCAGUGUUUGAUAUGUGGCAAAGUGGGGUGUGGAAGGUAUGAAGGGAAGCAUGCGUACGCCCAUUUCGAAGAGAGCGGACAUACAUUCAGCAUGGACCUGGAGAGCAAGCGAGUCUGGGACUAUGCAGGAGACGCAUACGUCCAUAGAAUCAUACAAGAUGCAGCCAAACCGGGCGAAAAGCUGGUCGAACUGCCGGGCAGAAGGCGUGAGCCCACUGCUUUGGAAGGGCAAGAAGACGUCGAGGUGGCGAAGAUGGACAACAUUGCGCUGGAGUACACGCAUCUGCUGACAAGCCAGCUCGAGAGUCAGCGAGUGUACUUUGAAGAAGUGGUCGAAAGAGCAGUGGAUAAAGCCUCUGAGGCCAAUAAGAAAGCUGAGCGAGCCAUGGAGGAAUGUCGCACAGCAAUGGAAAAGUUACACAGCCUCGAGAGCCAACAUGAUGUGGUGGCCAAAGGUCUGGUUCCAGAGCUGGAGAAGGAGAAGACCCGUCUUGAAAAGCGAAGUGCCAAAUUCGAAGAGAUGGCCCGGAGCUUUAACCAGAAAUACCAAGAAGAGAAGACAUUGGCUGCCAAUCUCCUGGAGAGAGUGAAGUUCCUCGAGGACACUCAGAUCAAUCAACUGAACAACACCAUCCGCCAUCUGGAAGAGGAAAACGCCACAAAGGAUUUGUUGAUGGAAGGUUUGAGAGACGAGCAUCGUGAUGCCAUGAUGCAAAUUUCCGCGCAGAAGAAACUGCAGGAGAUGGUCGCAAACGGAGAGCUGGAGCAGGAAGACCUUGAUGGUGCCAUCAUCGAAGCUGGACCCGCUAAGAAGGUGCCCGUGAGGAGAGGCCGGAGGGUUGUGAAUGGCCAGAGUCGAAAUGUAAGCACUCCGACGUCAGCUCAAACACCGCAUGGUGGUGGUGCUGAGGCAUCACGUUCCGCCGAGGGAUCGAACGAGAUGGAUGCUUUGUACGACGAAAUUUUUGGCGAAGGCUUACGCAGCAAGGACUGGGACGAGGAUAAGGCCAAGAAGAUCCUCGACGAAUGCAGAGCGAGGUUACUUGGUGAAGGACUGCUUGUCCUCCCAGCCGCUGCUGAUGCUGAGAGCACAGAUGCGGAAGUUGAUGGUGAGCACGAGAUCGAUGGACAGAGAAAAACGAAAGGCACAAGCGCCAAUAAGAAGCGAAAAGGGAAGAAGAAAGCAAAGAAAUGAACUGCUUGACAUCUGGGGGGCACGAACCAGUGCGAUGAGCGGGCUUUCCAAUGACGACGACAUGAUUGAUAUGGGCGCUUUUCGACGGGGCUUUGCGCUGAUUGUACAUUGACACGACUGGAAUGAGACUUGAUACCCAGCGCUGCUACAGGACAGUGCACACUGUAUACAUACCAUCGGCGUUGGAUUUGGGUUGAGCUGUACUCCGUAAGGACGGCUCUUGUAAUCAAGUAUCACAUCUAUGCUAUCGUGCAUUGUGUGUUUCUAUCUUCAAACCCACAUUUUCCUUUCGCAGGUGUAAUGCACCGGUUGAUAGUGUUACAGUCUUUCAGCCAGCUUGUUGCAGGC